AUGGCCUCUCCAUCGCAGUCAAAGGCCUUGGCCAAGAGGCCAGAUGGUCAGCUUAUGCCACCGCCACCCCCUCCAACUCGCAUCAAACGCCCCGCGACCGUUCUGGACGAAGAUGUCUAUACCAGCGCCCUCUCCCACAUUAUUGCCCGCGACUUCUUCCCCGGUCUGCUCGAGACCCGCUCCAAACAAGAAUAUCUGGAUGCGCUGGAAUCAAAAGAUGGAGAAUGGAUCAAAAGUUCCAAGAAGAAACUUGCAGAUGUCAUGCGCACCCCGACACCAGGCUUCAACUCACGAAGAAAGACCGACGCAUCCGUGGCGGGCACUCCGCAACACCCCGGUCGAUCAGAUGAUACCCCUCACGGAUGGAGAGGUGAUACACCAAUGUCGGUGGUUUCGACUUCGACCACAGCCACCACCGCAACAGUCAAGGAGCAGAAUCUUGCCGAUGCUUCAAAUAUGGGGCUUCUUGCUUUUCAGGCGAAAUACACCAGCGAGGAUAACGAGUCGUUCAACAAGGUUCUCGACAAACAGAAUGUGAAGCGACGAGAGAAAAACAGCUGGCUAUGGAAUGAUAAUAAAAUCCCAUCGGCGCGACAGAUCGCUCACCACCAGCGCGAAGUGAAGCGCAUUACAGCCCAGGGUGGGAACCCCGAAACCAGCCUGAUCAAGAUGGAUGAUCAUCCUGCCAUCAAAACAGAUCUCAAUGCUCGCCCAGCCCGACCAGAUCAUUGGAAGACCCGUCCAGAUAACACAUUGAUGUUCCUUCCCUCGUCAGUCGAGGAUACACACGAAACACUCCAACAAAAGGCCGAAGCUGCAUCCCGCGCAGGACCCAAAAGGACCCUAUAUCAAAAUACAAGACUUCUUGACGCCGACGCUGCUGCAGCCGCCGAUGCCGCAAAUAAAGUUCCAGCGUCGCCUUCCAUCUCAGCUAUCCAAGAUGCCAUCGCGGGCCGCCCACGCCUCGGCGAGUCCGAAGCAUCUGCUGUUCCAGGAGGAGAAACCCCACGAGUGAACGGCUACGCCUUUGUCGACGAAGACGAGCCAGAAUACGAACAACAGACCGGAUACCUCGAAGCUGACUGGCGUCUUCUCGGUGCAAGCGAUGCAACUCCAAACCCAUUCCAACUCCGCGAAACCGGUAAACGUGAAGCUCUUCACCACCGCAUGGUAGAUCGUGUUGCACGUAACAAGCGCAAUGAAAAGGCUGCACGGGUAACCAAGACGCCUGUGAAUAUUACGCCUCGCUUUGCUAGCAGUCCGCGUCUUGAUGGACUGACUCCCACCCCAAGAUCUGGGAAGAUGUUGACUUCGGCGGGACAAAAUUUGUUGUCGAGAGUUGGAAGUACACCUCGUGGAGGAUCUUCUGGUUUAAAGAAUAUGUGGACUCCGACACCGCGGCGCAAGUAG